GCGCAAUCAAAGGGAAGGGCCCACAUAAAGUUGUCGUCCAAGCCGCCGUUGUCGAACCCUCCUUCCCCUUGAUGAUCUGUGCAGAAACAUAUACCAAGUAUCACGCAUCAUACCUGCGACACAAACCCCCCUCACCCCUUGUCUUGCGUGCUGUAACAUCCAUCCCCGACAUCUGGAGCUUCUCAUAAAUAUCCCGAAGUGUUCUUUGACCUCUUCCACCUGGGCCCCUUAGGCUGUCAGAGACUAGUAGCCCUCAUCUUCCAAGUACAAUACCACAUCAUCCGAUUUUGACAAUGGCCAAGCAACUGAGCGCGGAGGAGAUCUCAAUCUUCAGAGACUGCUUCAACGAAUACGACACGGACAAGGGUGGUAACAUUACCGCCGAGGAAUUCGGCCGGGUGAUGCGCAAGACAAAUCCCAGCGUGUCGGACGAGGAAGUCUCCAAGAUCAUCAGUGAGGUCGACCUUGACGGCGACGGGACUAUCAACUUUGACGAGUUCAUCACAAUGAUGACAGGCCAGCCCUACAAGAGCCCAGAGCCAGCUGCUGCUGCAGCCGGGAGUGAUGGUACGCAAGCGAGCAUUGUGGGAAGUGUGGCAGCGUUCCGGGGCGUUAGCAACGUCUCAGCACUGCUCAAACGUCAGCGAGAGACUAAUAAAGUUUUCAAGGACGCGUGGCUGAAAAUUGAUCCUACCCUCAAGGGGUCGCUCUCUCCCGGUCAAGUAGAGCAGGUCGCUGCUCAAGCCGGCCUGGCUGUCACUACUGACGAUGUGGGGGGGAUGGUAGACCCCAUAUCUGGGCAGGGCAAGAUCACCUACGACAAGUUCCUUGAAUUUGUGAAGCGGCAGGAAGUUGACGAUAUUGUGAGCGGGUACGAGUAAAUUUGGAUAAAUGGUCCCAACGAGUUGCCUAGCUGUAGUUGGACGACGGAGGAAAAUAGAACACAGGACCACCCUCGCCUCUACAGUGUGGUUUGCCCCCACCUGCGAUUAUUGAAUUCCUGGUUUCGACAGCCCUAGAUAUAAUGGGCUUUUUGGUGAUGGGGUUGUCUCAACUCUCUUGAGUAUUGCAGUGUGUUGAAUUAAUACACCUGGUUUCUACCAAACUCCC